AUGGCUGAUGAAGAUGAAAGAUGGUUAUACGGUGAUAGUAAUCCUGAUGAAGAAGAACAAGAAAAAGAAACAACCGAAGCCGCCGAAAACACUAAAGAUGAGGGUAUGAUUAAUAAUGCAGAGCUUGAACCACCGGAAAUUCGAAAUGAACCUGAUAAAAUACCGGAGAUUGAAGAAAAUGAAAAAGAUGAAGGUGUGGAAAGUUAUCCAGAAAAAAUGGAUGUCACAGAACAAAAAGAUAAUAAUGAAAAUGGAGAAUUAGAUAAUGAUAAACAAGAAGAAAAUGAUGAAGAGGAUGAUGAUGAUGAAGAUGAUGAAGAAGAUGAUGAUAGCGAUGAUGAUAAUGUUAAUGUUAUUAUUGGCGACAUAAAUAAAACAGGACCUACCUACACUAAUAUUAAUAUACCUAAAAGGGGGCCUAAUAUUACAGGUCCAGGUAAAUUUUCAAUGGAAGAUUUUGAAUCGGUCGGUAUAAUCAAUGGAGUUCCAGCACAUGAAUUUAAUGUUGAUGUAAUUGAAGACAAACCUUGGAGAAUACCAGGAGCAGAUAUAACAGAUUAUUUUAAUUAUGGAUUUAAUGAAGAAACAUGGAAAGCUUAUUGCGAAAGACAAAAACGUAUUCGAAUUCAUGAAAGUUGUACAGGAUUGCCAACUCAAGCAAUGACGGGUCAAUCUUGGACCAACACUCAAGGCGGAGGACAAAAUCCUCAGUAUACAAAUACUCAAUCAACAGGAGGUAAAAAAAGCGGUUGGGAAACUGGACAAAUUAGAGUUAUAGGAUCAGGUGUAGCUUCGAGAAGAUUAGAUGAAAAUACGCCUGAAAAUCAAAAUAUACAACCAACAGCUGCUGAUCAAUGGAGAGACGGUUGGGCUCCUGGAAAUUUAGUUACGUUCGGUCAAAGCGUUAAACCCGUACACACUCAUAUAGAAGAUUCAAAUUCACAAGAUAGAAUAUUAAAAGAAAGAGAAAAGGAAAGAGAUAGGGAUCGUGAUUUAGAUAAAGAACGUAACAACGAGAGAAUCGUUAUAGAUAGAGAUGAUAAAGACAAAAGAAAAGACAAACAGAAAGAAAAGAUCAGAUGA